AUGCCAAGCACGCGAGCUCUCGUCGUCGGCUCCGGCAUCGCCGGCCUGACCACCGCGCGCGCGCUCCAGCGGCGCGGCCUCGACGUCGUCGUCGCCGCCCGCGAGUGGUCCGCACGAGGGUUGUGGAUGCCGUUCCACGCCGAGCCGGCCGACGCGGUGGCGCGGUGGGCCUCGGUCACGCUCAGCUGCCUCCUCGAGGAGCAGCGCUCGAGCGCCGCCCUCGGCGCUUUCAUCGAGUCCCUGCCCGCGACCGAGCUGUUCCGGGCAGAGGCACCGCCGCCGCCGCCGCCGUGGGCCUCCGACCCGCGCCUGGUCUUCGAGGCGUGCUCCG